GAGUGGGAUGCAAGAAAGGAAGGCAUUGACGUCGUCGUUUUGAUUAGGUUGGAGGGAGUGGGUAUUAGAACGAAGCGAGGAGUGACAUCAGCAAUCAUGCGAAGAUACUCAAAACAAACUCUGAACUCUUUCUCUCUCUCUCAGUCUCACCACUGAAAUUCUGAACUUGGAUGCUUCCAUUCCCUCUCUCUUUCCGUUCCCAAAAUUAUUAUUCCAUAUUCCCGAUUUGCCCUUGAUGGGGAAAGGAGGCGGCUGCGUUCCCAGCAAGAAGAAGCCCCCGCCGGUCGCCGACGAUGCUCCCGCUCCCACGCCGCCGCCGAUCUCGCCUCCGGAUAACGCCCACGCCCGCAAACCCGACGCUCCAGCGCAAGUAGCGCGUGAAGCAGCGUCGUCGUCGUCGUCGCUUCCGGGCGGUGCGAGAUUGAAGGUCUUCGUCGUGUUCUAUUCGAUGUACGGACACGUGGAGGGGCUGGCAAAAAGGUUGAAGAAAGGCGUGGACGGUGUGGAGGGUGUGGAAGGGGUUCUGUAUAGGGUUCCGGAGACAUUGCCGAUUGAGGUGCUGAAUCAGAUGAGGGCGCCGCCCAAGGACGACGCCAUACCGGAGAUUACGGCGGCGGAGUUAACUGCCGCCGAUGGGGUCUUGUUCGGGUUUCCGACGAGGUACGGGUCGAUGGCGGCGCAAAUGAAGGCUUUCUUUGACUCCACGGGGCAUUUGUGGAAGGAGCAGAAGCUUGCGGGGAAACCCGCUGGGUUCUUUGUUAGCACUGGAACUCAAGGAGGAGGCCAAGAAACUACUGCUUGGACGGCAAUCACUCAGCUGGUGCAUCAUGGAAUGCUUUUUGUUCCUGUUGGAUAUACAUUUGGACCCGGAAUGUUCAAGAUGGAUGACAUUAGAGGUGGUACUCCAUAUGGUGCAGGAGUGUUUGCCGGUGACGGCACAAGAGAGCCAAGUGAAACAGAGAUGGCUCUUGCAGAGCAUCAGGGCAAGUAUAUGGCUAUUGUAGUUAAGAAGCUCGCCCAGUCAUGAAUGGUGUUUUCUUCAUUUCAUUCUAUUCUUGUUGAUCAUCUGUAUUUUUUUACCGUUCUUUUUUGUCAAAAUUGGUUCUGGCAUUUUACCAUUGCAUUGUGAUGAGGAAUGGAAGCUCUGUUACACUAUUUAAUUGAUUCUGUUGGGUUUGGGGGUUCUGCAUUGUUUCCGGAAGGUGUAGAUGUUGAUAAAUUUUCGUCAAAUAAUAAUUGUGAAUUUUUGUAUCUUCGUGUGUUCGUUUCUUCUUUGUUUGCCUUUACACAUGAUUAUGAAUUUGUAACAUGACUUGGAUAAUAAAAUGAAUUUCUCAGCUUUGAUUUUGUUUA